AUGAACGACACAGUUCCCAACUACACCAAUGCUCUCAACAUUUUAGCUUCUUUGAUAAUUUGUGUGAUUGGGAUAUUUGGAGUAUUCACGAAUCAGUUAAUCGUUUAUUUAUUCUUCUAUUCUCCGUCGCAGAAAACAUCUUUCAACUUAAUAUGUCUCUUUCGGGCAACUGGUAACACAAUAAUAUUAUCAUGGGCUUUCUUGGCCACAUUUUUGCCGACCAUACUUUUAGGAAAAUCUCCAUACAUCCCAUUGUAUGACACGCUUGUUAUUGGAUUGUCAAAUAGUUUGUAUUCUGGAAUUCAGAAUACUGGACUUUAUAUAGCAUUGAAUCGAUUUUGUGUAAUGUUUUUUCCAAUACACUAUCACACAAUGUUCGGAUUCAAAGUAACAUUAUUCGUAACCUCAUACAUAUUUAUUCAUCGAGCAUUCAUGUCAAUUCUUAGGCUUCUUAUAGUCUCAUGUGGUUUCCAAGUACAAAACCACUAUGCCAAGAAACUUACAAAGAAGUUUAUUUUUCAACAGCAUUUUUACUAGUCUUGGUUUUAUUAAAUUGUGCCACUUUUACAAAGAUUGCAUUUUUCUACAAAUCAAGUGGUAUUGAAGCUUCGAUGCAAAAACGGAAACGAAAAAAUAAUAUGAAAUUAUUUUGGCAAACUUUAAUUCAGGAUAGCAUAACUUUUAUAGACAUGAUUUUCACAUUCAAAUUAAGUUUAUUGAGUGACUCUAGAAUGUGGACAUUUUUAUGUGGAACAGUGAUUUGGGAGAGUGUUCAUUCACUUGAUGGGUUAAUCAUGGUUUUGUUCAAUGAGAGACUGACUUUCUUGAAACGGAAUCUACUCCCACCUUCUGAAAAUCCAUCAAUUUUAUCUCAUGAGCGGACAACAGGUCAAAUUAUUCCUAUGCGCUCUUCUAUUGUUUUUUAAAG